CAGAAUAGCGAUCAUUUGAACGAAGAGAAACGAAAGAUCUACCACACCUGCAUCAUGGCCGCCAACGGCGCUAAGGCAGCACAACAAGUUGCCAAAGUCGGCAGAAUAAGACGAAUUGGCCAGUACUUUGGUAACAUUCUGAAUGACUAUAAAAUGGUGGCACAAGAGACCUUUCAGGACAUUGCAGACGGCUCCAUCAAAGCUUCUGUGUACCUCACCAGCUUGGUUGCAGCUGGCAUACUCAUCAAGUCAAAUCCCUCCGAAGCAGAUCUGGAAAACGCUCUCCUUGAAAGUGCCCAUGAACUCUCCCUAGUUGGAACAACGAUACGAAACAAAGAGUCAGAUGCACACAUAGACAAUAUGCGGUCUGCACACCGCGAUGGCAAGCUGCACCACACCAGCCUAGGACUGUUCUCUCUGGUAUGGGUCAGUGAGCACCGUGACGAGUUAGAUCUGUACGAGGCAAAGUGUAAACACACCAACGUCCCAUGGUACCAGUGGCACAAGCAAGUCAUUGAUGUCGGUGUUCUAGGCAAAUUUGUGCACAUGUCACGCAAGAUGCAGGACUUUGAUGUCAAUGAAGAUGAAUGGAAAGAUAAAACAUCUUCGUCUUAGAAAUGUGUACUAGUGUAAUUAAUUUUUUUUUCAAUUUUGUCGUGGGCAGGUUUGGAAGAUAUGAAUUUGUGUUAAAAUGAAAGCAUGUUCUUUAUUUAUGGGGUUUGUCUCAAGUAAGGUACUGUUGUGAUUGGGGGCUUUCUUUUAUUUGGUGUGCGUGUGUUUGUGAUACUUGAAAUGAAAGGUGAUAUUUGAGGAGUGUGGUUUUGAUUGCUUUGACAGGUAUACAUUUGGCCAACAUUUUAGACCUUUUGUAAUUACAGUGGAGUCCACUUAUAGCGAGUACG